AUGCACACCUUACGUGGUGCUGGUAAAAGACCAAAUUAUCUUCCAGCUAAACAUUUAAUCGAGCUCAUCCAGGGCAGCCCGACGUCGCUAGUUCUCAUCCUCGAUUUGCCUCCUCGGAAAGAACUCGUUCUCUACCCAGACUACAUUCAGACAUUCUACGAAGACACCCAACUGGAGACACGAAGACAGGUGCUCGAGAAAAUCCCCGAGGUUGUACCCUAUGUCUCUUCCUCCCUCUACAUCCGUUCUCUAGUCUCUCCCACUGCUAUAAUGGCUCGCAUCGACACCGGGGCAAGUGGACCAGGACGCAUGGAGGAGGUCGUAAAGAGUAGUAUAAAUCCCAUUGCGAAGGAGUUGCUGGAAAUCUGGUUGGAUCACUGUGCUUGUGAGGAGAGAGAGGUGGCAGAGGUCGAGAGAGCUUAUUUGGAGAUGAGAGACGGGUUGGUCAAGAAAAAGACCAUUGAAAUUGAUCUGGGCAUGAGCUUGCCGAGGUUGUUUGGGCAGGAAAUAAUAUGCACUUUUGGAAACUUGCGAAAAGGGUGA